AUGGCGAGUGGAGGAUACGGAGACCCGUCGCAGAAAAUUGACUACGUCUUCAAGCUUGUGUUGAUCGGAGACUCUGGUGUUGGGAAAUCUCAGAUACUGUCACGGUACGCGAGAAACGAAUUCAGCUUGGAUUCCAAAGCAACAAUCGGCGUCGAAUUUCAAACUCGAACACUUGUACUCGACCAUAAGAGUGUCAAAGCUCAGAUCUGGGACACUGCAGGCCAAGAACGGUAUAGAGCGGUGACGAGUGCGUAUUACCGUGGAGCGGUUGGUGCGAUGCUGGUUUACGACGUAACUCGGCGUCAGACAUUCGACCAUAUCCCACGGUGGUUAGAGGAAUUGCGUGGUCACGCAGACAAGAACAUUGUGAUUAUACUCAUCGGUAACAAAUCCGAUCUUGAAGAUCAACGAGCGAUCUCGAUUGAAGAUGCUAAAGAAUUCGCGGAGAAAGAAGGUCUUUUCUUCUUGGAGACAUCUGCUCUAAACGCAGUCAAUGUGGAGACCGCUUUCUCGACUGUUUUGACUGAGAUUUUCAACAUUGUGAACAAGAAAAACCUUGUUGCUGGAGAAGAACACGGUAAUGGCGGCGAUCCUGGAUCGCUUGCUGGUAAGAAGAUCGAGAUGGGUCCUGCUCAAGUGGUUCCACCUAAGAAUAGCUUGUGUUGUAACUCUUAG